AUGGCCAACAACGUCGAUGAGGACUUCGAGGAAGAGGAGGUUUGGGCGACUCUGGUGGAUAAUGGUAUCGAUCAACCUACUCCAAAAAACCAGCCAACAUCCCGUGCUGCUGCUAACUGGAGCCCUUCGAGUGAUGCGAGGAUGAUGAUUCCGUGUGGUAGGAGAGUACUGAGUGCUCAAAGCACUCCUCCAGUCAGCAUCCGGCCUGACUGGUCUAAGAUCCUCGAGCGCGUACAGGGAAGUACUAGUCAUGGUGAAGAAUUAGGUGGUGGAAGAAAUGACAAUGUCAGCGAUGGCGAUGAUGAUGAAGAUGAUGGGGAUCCUCCCCAUGAGUGGCUGGCCAAGAAGAUGGCCAAGACUCACAUCUCAUCCUCUGUCUGUGAAGGAUCCGGGCGGACCCUCAAGGGAAGGGAUCUAAGCAAGGUGAGGAAUGCUGUGCUCACCAAGACUGGUUUCUUAGAGGAAGAGAUAUAA